AAUCAAAAAUUGUUCAUAGUUCCAAUACAUUUAUUUUUUCCCAACAGCAGGCAAGAACUUCCAUGUGUGACCCCUCAUCAUGGCCGGGUGAUGAUGCUGCACUGGUAGCUGCAAGUCAGUCUGUGGAAGGUAAGUGAGAUAAAGUGUGUGUUAACAGAAAUCAAGCCCUUUUUAGAAAAAUUGUUCUGGUAGUUGUUAGAUUUGCUCAAGUCCCAAGAGCCACAGAUGAGUGCCAGCCCUAGCAGUCAAUCUGUUAGGUUGCCUUCUCGGGAUUCUCAGCCCACAGACAAGCCCAGUCAGCCUGAUCCUGCCAUCUGACCCGAGCAGUCAGAGCCCAUCGUCAGGUCCAAGAAGUUCAAGUCCGCUGUCCAGCCCCGGCAGUCUGUAUCACCAGCCACAACCCGGAUCAUGUGACACCCAAAGAGCUGCCAACAGAUUCCCCUGCAAAGGCCAUUGAUGACAUGUGGGCAAGUAAGCAGCGACGUCAGGAGUGCAUCCAAUAUACCAGACAUGAGCAUGUACAGAGUAGAACGUAGCACGACCAUCAACGAAGUGGAUGUGUCGUAUUACAAAUGUCUGCAUGGAAGCAACAGCUUGGAAGGAUUCCACAAGGUACACACUGUGCAGCUCUGCCCUUUCAGGUUUACCUGAUAAGUGACAUUGCACAAUGGAACGCAGACAGGAGCUCAGAUGCAGUAUUUGGUGGUAAAGGACGGCACCACAGGAUAUACUCCGCAACGCUGAUCGACUGCCUCAACACCCGGUGUCAAAAGCUGUUCGGAGAAACCGAGGAGCUGCUCGGGUUGGAGUACCUCUUCAGAGCAUGGGUGAAUUGGGACCCUUCUUGCUCCAGGACAUCGUCAACAAUGGACCUGGUCCCGAGGAAAAGGUGGUUCAGCCUGGAUACCCCGAUACAAGCGAGGACGACGAAGCUUACCACAGCGACGUGGAGAUGCGAGACAGCGUUCUGGAUGUCGCUCUGUCCCGCAUCACCUUCACAGCCGAUGACCUCAACUGUAAACCCACCGGAAUUUGAGGAUGCAUGCAGUCCUAACCCUCGUCCUGGCUUUCAAAAGCUAGAAACCUUCUACUGCUUGCUGGUGGAGAGCUGCCUUGCUGAAAACAAGUUUUCACUUACCACUGAAAAAUCCUUGAAGCCUGGAAUGCAGUGGAGGAACAUGAUAAGCAGCCACAGAAGUUUAAUCAGCUGUACAGGACCCACUUGGGUAACACCCUCUUCUGUCGGACGAAAUGGGAUGAUCUUGUUGCCGCCGCCGUCAUCCAGAGGGUCAAGAUGGCUAAGCGUUACUCACCGGCUCAACAAGACAUCAGUUCCCAGCACAAUAGGCUGAUGUAUGUACUGGUGAAACUGCUGUGGUUGUGAACUCCUCGAUCAUCUCGCACCAGCCCGGAGAAGAGCGGGAUCCUGAAGUCAUACGAGAGAAUUCAACACGGAUUCUGGUGGAUGAUCCAGUCCUGUGUAAAGCAGGCAUUCCUCUUCCAAAAAUCAACAUCAAGACAGUGCGGGACUUCAUCCAUCAAGAGAGGCUCCUUUACCUCCAUGCUACAUAAUGGUCAUUCGCCAUCACAAAGACCACCUCGGUCUCUUCCGCAGAACUACCUCCAGCACCACACAGCCAGCAGUGCUCCCUCCACCGGACUACCCCCUCAUGCAAUAUGUGGCCACACUUAGCACGGCAGGGACGAAGCUGUUGAAGGAGAGGCCCGACAUAACUAUGCCGCUCCCUUUGUACCUGCCGUUGUUGGCGAGAAAAACCCCGGCCAUUUGUACUAUCACCAUGGAAAACAGGGUGUAUGAAUGUUACCAACACUGUAUCUCUGUCGUCGACUAGCUGAAAGCUGAAGGGAUGUACAAUCUGUAAUGUUUUAAAUGCGCUUUUUGUGUGUUUUUCCCCACUUAGUGCAGUGUGUGUGUGUGUGUGUGUGUGUGUGUGUGUGAGUAAUGUGGAGAAAUAAUGUGAUCCCUAUUCUAGUACACAACUAUUAGAAUUACAAAUUGUAUUUUGUUUAAAUUUUUUCCAACAGUAAAACUAGUACAUAGUUGGAUUUCAUUGUAUAAAAUGUAAAGAUUUUUUAUACUAAUUUAUUACUUUUUUUAAUCACAUUCAGUGAUCUUGUACUUGCUACACUUUUUUUCAAGUGUUGCCCAUUUUGUUUUGUUCCAAUAAAUCUAUUUUACU